AUGCCGCUGGAAAAGAUUUGUCAGUAAGUUCUUAUAAACCAUAAUUUGUGAUUAAAUUCUUUAAAGUGAUGAUGUCUUUAUAUUUCAGAUGGGGUCUGGAAAACUUAUAGUGGAACUAUUUGAAAACUUUUUUAAUCCAAUUUAAAAAACGUAAUAUUUUUUAUACCUAAACUUAGUACUUUUUAUUUUUAGGGAAGUUGAGCGACGUCAAUCUGAGUUUGUCGAACGUCUCCGUGAUGCAGUGACCAUUCCUAGCGUCUCGGCUGAUAAGAAACACCGAGAAGAUGUCUUCAAAAUGAUUGAUUGGGCGGAGAAAGUGAGAAGUUUGUAAUCUUAUCUAAUUAUGUUUAGAAACUGACCGCUCUCGGUGUGAAGUGUAAGCAAGUCGAAAACGGAACGCAAAAGUUAUUGGAUGGAUCCACCAUCAGACUUCCUCCUGUAUUAUUUGGCACGUUAGGAGAGGAUAAGAACAAGAAGACUCUUCUUGUCUACGGUCACUUAGAUGUUCAACCAGCUCAGAAGUCUGAUGGGUGGAAUACUGAACCCUUUGAGUUGACCGAGACUGAUGGCAAACUGUUUGGCAGAGGAUCCAGUGACGACAAAGGCCCUGUAAUUGCUUGGAUCAAUGCUAUUGAGGUACUUCAAGCUUUGAAAGUGGAGAUUCCAGUCAACAUCAAGGUAAAUAUAAUUUUUUAAUUUAUGUGUUUAAACAGAACGCGUAUAAAACAUAGUUUAAAGCCAACUAAAUUGUUUAGUUUGUACUGGAAGGAAUGGAAGAAAGUGGAUCAGAAGGUUUGGACGAAGUUUUGUUGAAGAACAAAGAAACCUUCUUGCACGAUGUUGAUGCUACUUGUAUUUCUGACAACUACUGGCUGGGGAAGAACAAACCUUGUCUUACAUAUGGGCUGAGAGGUGUCUGUUAUUAUGCUAUCGAAGUGUCAUCUCCGAAGCAAGACCUUCAUUCUGGUAUUUAUGGAGGGACCUUGUAAGUUUAUAAUUAUUGUUAUUUAGUCAAAUCAAACGAAAAAAGGUGUACAUAAAACUCAUAUUUAUAGACACGAGCCAUUGAACAGCUUGAUUCACGUUAUGUCACGUUUAAGCGAUGUAAAUGGCAAAAUCAAAAUUGAAGGUUUAGAAAAGCUGGUGGCGCUUUUAACUGACGCAGAGAAAGAGUUGUACAAGAGCAUUGACUUUGAUCUUAAGGAGUACUCCAAUGAUAUCGGAUGCAAGAAACUAGUCAGUGAAUCCCCUCAGGAUAUCUUGAUGAAUAGGUGGAGAUACCCAGCUUUGUCUUUGCACGGAAUCGAAGGUGCUUUCCACUCUCCUGGAGCUAAAACUGUAAUACCAUCCAAAGUCAUCGGAAAAUUCAGUAUCAGAAUCGUGCCCAAUAUGGAGCCAGAUGCCGUCAGCAAAUUGGUUAUUUCUCAUGUUGAGAAGGAAUGGGCGAAGCUCGGUUCUCAUUGUGACAUGAAAGUCAAGGCUUUACAAGGAGGUCAACCAUGGGUGGCGGACUUCAACAACAACUUGUACAGUGCUGGCGCUAGAGCUUUAGAAAAAGGUAUGAUUUCCUACUGAUUACAGUCUAAAUUUAUUGGAAAAGCGUUUUACGUUAUGUAUUUCUCUUAUAGUCUACGGAGUAAAGCCCGAUUACACCCGUGAAGGUGGAAGUAUCCCUGUGACCCUAACGUUCCAAGAGAUGACCAAAAAGCCGGUAAUGUUGUUGCCUAUCGGAGCUUGUGACGAUAUGGCUCAUUCGCAAAAUGAAAAACUCGAUAUCAAGAAUUAUAUCAAAGGAACUCAGGUGUUGGCUCAAUUCCUGCUCGAACUUUCUCAACUUUAA